AUGCCUUGGGUCAGUUCGUGGAGUGGACUGAAUGUAGCCAAUCAACCAGAUACCAAUUCUCCUCUCCUCUCCUCCAUUCCAUCAAGCAAAACCUUUUCAACAAUAGGCCUCAAUUGCAAAUCAAUUAAGGGAGAGAAACCUCUAUUAUCUCUCAUAAUUAUCCCCUCAAAUAUAAUGGCUGGUCAUCUGAAUAGAAGAACUCAAAAAGAUUGCUUUUCAUUUUGUGACAGCAGAGGAGUGAAAAAAACCCCAUAUGUUGGGUCAAAAUCCGUUUACAAUGCACCACUUGUAUUUCCCAAGUCGUGUAAAAUAACUGAAUCCACACUAUUCCAACCUACAGCCUCAAAUUGCUUUUACCAAAGUAAUUUCGCCUCACAAGCAUCAGUUACUUGUUCUGCAAUAAAAUGGUUUGAUUUAGGUACAGUGGUUACAAAUUUUUUGUGGCUACCAUAUCCUGCCGUAGGGAAGAUUGGUGCGCCCCACAGAAGUAGCCUCACUGACGCUGAGGAAUCAAAAUUGACAUAUUUUAGAAGGGAAGAAAAAACCUUGUCGGAAUAUAUUUUAAAGUUGAGGGGAACAGAAAUUGGGAAUGUGGACUAG